UGACAGCAUAACAAAAGCGGGGCCGCCAAAAAUCCUCCAUCCACACGCAAAAUUAUACCCUGCCCUCCCAUAUAUUUUUUUUUAAAACCGAAAUUAGUUAUAAAAAAAUAUACUAAUAUUCUUUGGAAAUUAAAAAGAUAAAAAAAAGAUAGUCUACCGUUUACAACGAUCAGCGUUGAGCGACGCCCAUCUCUUUUGGUUACUCUCUCUCUCUCUCUUUCUUUACUCUUUGAUCCAUUCUAUCCCCUGCCGCUCUCUGCGAGAGAGAAAUCCCACGCAACACGUAAUUACUAAAAAAGAGAAAGGAAAUUGAAAAUCGAGGAGAGAAGAAGAGGGCGGAGGAUUUUUCUUUUUUUAUAGAGCGAUCUGAGCGGUUAAAGGUUACAAAUGGGGACUCUUCAAACAUGGAGAAAAGCGUAUGGCGCUCUUAAAGAUACCACCAAAGUUGGUCUCGCUCAUGUCAACAGCGAUAACGCGGAUGUGGAUGUCGCCAUAGUCAAAGCUACCAACCAUGUCGAGUGUCCUCCAAAAGAAAGGCAUCUUAGAAAAAUCUUCGUAGCCACAUCAGCGGUUCGGCCUCGAGCAGAUGUUGCUUAUUGCAUUCAUGCGCUUGCCCGCCGAUUGGCCAAGACUCAUAAUUGGACGGUUGCACUGAAAACACUCAUAGUUAUCCAUAGGGCAUUGAGGGAGGGUGAUCCUGCUUUUAGAGAAGAACUUUUAAACUUCUCACAAAGAGCCCGUAUUCUACAACUUUCUAAUUUCAAGGAUGAUUCUAGCCCUGUUGCAUGGGAUUGCUCUGCCUGGGUACGUACAUAUGCUUUGUUUUUGGAAGAAAGACUGGAAUGCUUUAGGAUUCUGAAGUAUGACAUUGAAGCUGAGCGUCUCCCAAAACCUGCCCAGGGACAGGAUAAGGGUUACAGCAGAACGAGGGAGUUGGACAGCGAAGAGUUGUUGGAGCAAUUGCCUGCUCUGCAGCAAUUGCUUUAUCGUCUCAUUGGUUGCCGGCCAGAAGGUGCUGCUAUAGGCAACUAUGUUAUACAGUAUGCUUUGGCUAUGGUAUUGAAGGAGAGCUUCAAAAUAUAUUGUGCUAUUAAUGAUGGAAUUAUCAAUCUUGUUGACAAGUUUUUUGAGAUGCCAAGGCAUGACGCUGUCAAAGCACUUGAUGAAUACAAGAGAGCUGGUCAGCAGGCUAAUAGCCUUUCUGAUUUCUAUGAAGUUUGCAAAGGAUUGGAACUUGCUAGGAACUUCCAGUUUCCUGUUCUCAGGGAGCCACCGCAAUCUUUUCUCACUACCAUGGAAGAAUACAUUAAAGAGGCACCACGGUUGGUUUCUGUUCCAACAGAACCAUUGCUUCAAUUAACGUACAGACCUGAGGAAGGUUCUUCUGAAGAUAAUAAAUCAUCCAACGAUGAACCUGAACCAUCUGCGCCUGCUGAUGAUGUUGCAGUUUCUAGCGUUGAGACUGCUACUCGUCCCCCUCCCCCACCUCAGUCCAACAUGGACACUAGUGACUUACUGGGAUUGAAUUAUUCUGCACCUGAUGCCUCGGCAAUUGAGGAAAGUAAUGCUUUAGCUCUAGCCAUUGUUCCAACUGAAUCUGGUGCUGCUCCAACAUUUAAUUCUAGUGCUGGUCAAGCAAAAGAUUUUGAUCCUACGGGAUGGGAACUUGCCCUUGUCACCACACCAAGUACUGAUAUUUCUGCAGCUACUGAAAGGCAAUUGGCUGGUGGUUUGGACUCACUCACUCUCAACAGUUUAUACGAUGAUGCUGCAUAUAGAGCUUCUCAUCAGCCUCUAUAUGGGAUUGCAGCCCCAAAUCCAUUCGAGGUACAAGACCCAUUUGCCAUGUCAAAUAACAUUGCCCCCCCUACAGCAGUUCAAAUGGCGGCAAUGGCUCAACACCAAAACAAUCCUUUUGGUUCUUACCAACCUACCUAUCAGCAGCCACUGCAGCAGCAGCAUUUGAUGAUGAGCCCAUCGAAUCCAUUUGGUGAUGCAGGGUUUGGGACAUUUCCAGUGAACCAAAUGGCACCUGCUGCUCAGCCACAUGCCAAUAAUCCAUUUGGAAGCACAGGCUUAUUGUAAUUUUAAAUGUAAAGAGUCGAUUGGUGCAUUUUGUUUGGUGCAGUUGGUUUCGGCGUCUUUUGGAGAUGAGUUUCGUGUGUAGGUUCUUUUAUUCACAGGAUGAAUGGCUUUCAGCAUCGGUCUUGCAUUUGUAUGGGUUGUAAAAGUCAUCAAGUGAAUAGUUAAAGAUGUAAUAAUAACUAGUUGUUACAAUUCAGAAUACAACAAGAAGUCAUUUUGAAAAUUUCCCAGCUUUUUGCCUCUUUUACAUUAAAUCUUGAGUGAGUGACUUAAGGAAAUUUUUGAAGAAAAAAAUGGUGGGCGUUAAGGGCAACUAAGAAUAUUUGUCCUUGAACUG